AUGCUAUUAUCAGUGUUUCUUGCACUCUUUCUACCAUGCGCCGGCAUGAGUGCAGUGAUCCUGGUUUACGUCUGUUUGCCAUGGUACGGUGCCAGUUCCAACAACCCGGAGUUCGGGCCUCCUGUAAAGCCCGGUCAAGGAACGGGUCUCUCCACCGCGGAUCUUGAAAAACUCCCAAAAGUCACAGGAAAAGAUUUGGUUCUGGGCACUGAUUGUGCAGUGUGUUUGGACGACAUCGAGAGCGAUCAGCUGGCUAGAAUGAUUCCGGGUUGCAACCAUGGGUUCCAUCUAAUGUGCGCUGAUUCUUGGCUGUCUAAGCACCCGGUUUGUCCUCUUUGCCGGGCCAAGAUUCGGCCCAAACUCCUCAAUCCUCCUGAGAGCAAUCCUUGUUGA